AUGUCUCAAUCCAUCCAGCCGCUGCGCAUCCAGAAGAACACCCCUUCAUCUUCUCCUAACAAAACGAGCGCUCCACUGACUAAAAGGCCGCUCGCUGAACUGGGGCCUAUGGAGCGAAGACGGAACUCUCCAAGCUACAAUCAAAACACUAAGAAGAGCCUUUUCAAUGGGGACUCAUCCCCAUUUGAUCAAUCGCCAAUUGCCUCUAAUUCGCCUCGUCUGUACUGGCAGAAUCGUGAUCCAGCAUCUCCAACUAGGUCCAACGCAGAAAACCGGAACCCCCUGAGUGACCGCGAUGGCUCCCCAUCUCCCGCCAAAAGGUCAUCAAUCGAGAACUUGAAACGUGCGUCUCGUGUAAAGAAUAGCAAUAUGUUCGCUCGCGAACACAAGCAAGAGUAUGACCCUACAUCAAGCCCCAUGAUUGAGAGGCCGCUGGCAACAGGCAGGCCGCUUAGCGUGCAACAAGGCAAUGCAUAUGGUGGUAGCGGACUUGGAAACUUCCGGCAGGGGGAAAGUAAGAGGAUGCCCGUCAAUGGUACGCUGCGAUCGCCAGUCAAAACGAACGGUAUCUCUGAAGAGUCAAUGUCUCCCAGCAAAGCACCGACGUCUCCGACGAAAUCAUCCAUGUCUAGUAAGAGCAGGUACUUACAGCCGCACCAGGCCUUUGACCUGGAGAACAGCAUCUGGUCUGAGGAGGAGGAGGAGGAGGAGCAGUCUGCCGAGCGUGAGCUACCUCCCGGCAAGUCACUGCAUCGCCAUGCCAAGAGUGUCACGUUUGACGCUGCGCCUCCUCAAGUAAACGAAUAUGAGAUGACUACCCCCGAUCCAUCAUCUGUGGCAUCAGGGUCUCGUGAGGGAAGUUACGACUCUGUGAAUGAAGGAGAAGACGAGAGCUUCGACCGAGGCUCUUCCAUUGAGCGAGAUGAUAGCUUCGACGCGUCGCUUGAAGACACCGAGAAGACUCCUGUGGUUCUGCCCGAGGAUUGGCGCUUCAUGAGCCCAGCAGUUGCCAAUGAAGAUCUCGUAGCACAUGUUGAGAGUCCAUUUGAUGGAGAGCAAAGCGGCCUAGCCCCGACAGCACAACCUUCUUCAAUACCCGAUGCACGAGUCUCGCCGACGAGGACAGAUUCCGUUAAUUCCAACGGCGAGCGCCGGCCAUUGCCACCUCUUCCAGCAUUGGGCACGCCAUUAUUCCCUCGUGCUCGGUCAGACUCAAAUAAUAGUCUUUCUGCCACUGCCGAACGCGUGAGUAGUUUCCAGCGUGUCUCUCCGGCACCACCUCGCCCAGCGUCGAUUUCGAAAGCAGAGAUUCAAGGGAUGGGAGGCUGUUCUAUGUCCAUCGAGGAUCGUCUGCGCUUGAUGAUGAUCGAUGAUCCGGACAAGCGCAGCUCGCCAGUUGAGGAACAACAAGAGCAACGGGAGAGGCGACUUCGACGCGGAUCCCCUCUGAGAGGCUCAGAACCGGGAGAAGGCGACAGAGAAAUCCAAAUUCAUGAAGAAGAAGUUGAGAACGACGAUGUAGCAAGUCUUGGAGAAUAUAAGCUGCCUCCACGAAUCUCAAGAGAGUCGAUCCUCCGUAAGGUCAAGAGUCGCACCUUCAACGAGCCUGAGGAUGACACCUCGUUCCUGGGGCUGAGCCCAAUCUCUGAUAAAGGCGUCUACAAUAACCUGGACCCUGAUACUCCAAUUCCAUCUCUCGAGACCGAAGCAACCGAGAAAGAGGUGAUCAUUAAGCAGGAGCCCGAUCUUGAGGACAGUGAAGUGGAUGUUUACUCGAUUCCGGACCUCUACAGCCAGCAACUGCAGGCCGAGUCCUACAUGAACGCAAUCGAGAAACUGGAAGCUUUCCGAGCAUCCAGUGCCACCCACAAAGAUGAUGAUGACGAAAGCCAUUAUUCUGUUGACUCUAGGGAAAACGGACAUCAAGAGCGCAAAUCGGACAGUGCUACUGAUGAUGAAGGUCCUCCUACACCGCGAGCUCUAACGUCGAAUCAGGCAGGACAAGAUCUGGAGCGCAAAGACAGCCAUCGUAUGUCUUUGCCUCAGUUUGCAGCUUUACUAGGGGAGUCAGACUUUGGCUUUAGUAUGGAGUCGUUCAUGACUCCGUCGCCAGAAACCACUCAGGAGCCGGCGAAGCCCGUAUUGUCAUCUCAGCCGUCUUGGACGUCAGAGGUGCCAAGCGAGAAGUCAUUUGCAGAGCAGAUUAUCGAUCGACCAGUGACACCCGAAGAACAGCUCCAACCACCCAGGUUUCCAGGACAGUGGAACGACGCAGAAGACGAACCCAAGACGCCAGACUCUGUCAUUCGUCACCCCAUCGCACAGUCGCCCGUGCCUGACUCUCCCGGUGUGCCCGAGCCAGUCGCAACGAUCAAAGCGCCGGGGAGCAAGCUGAAGACUCGGCCUUCUAUCACCCCAGCUGAUGUGCAGGCAAUGGCUGAGGUCAGGCGCCAAGUAAGCAAUGGAAGCCAGGUUCCAGCUGUACCCAAGAUCCCAGAGCGACACUUGAGUCGGCCGUCUGUCGUUGCAGAAUCUGAUGAACCUCAUUGUGACCCUGCAAGCGAGAUAGCAUCCGUAGAGACUUUUGAAGAGCGAGACACGUCGAAGCCAUCUAAACGAAAGAGUAGCCUGCUUCCAUUGGAAGUCUCAGUGCAAGCUAGUGAUGGCCUCGGAUUUGGUAUAGAGAGCGAAUUCGAUCGCCUGAUCGAAGCCCAAAAGGUGGCGUUCAAUUCUCCUACCCCUGACAUGGCUUCCCGGCCAUGGUCCCCUGGACACGCAGAACACAUGCCUGGACAAGAGUUCAGACAAUUUAGAGAGGGUUAUGCUAACAAGACUUUUCGUACACAGAAAGGCUACUUGAUGAGACAAAACACCAAAGUCAUCAUCGCUAGCAGCGCCUCCCAUGAAUCUGCCGACUCUGCCGCCGAGACUCAGGAUACUCAAGACCCUGCUGCGCGAGGCACGCGAUCUGCAGGUAAUUCUCCCAGAAAGCCAAGUCAUACGCAGACCUGGACGGCAGAGCCAUGGAACGGCAAGAUCAGGCGUAAGAGUAUCCGAAAAUCAGGCGGCAUACCCUCGAAAGCGCCAGGUAGUGGGCCAGCUCCUCCAUUGCCCGGUCAGCAUAGCAACGUAGCCAGCGGUCUUGGCAGCGUUACCGAAGACGAAUCCAUGCAGAAUACAGAGGAAAUUGGAGAAGAUGGUGAAAGAGGCAGACUCUUUGUGAAGGUCGUAAGGGUCAAAGACCUAGACCUUCCUCUGCCGAAAGGGGAGCGUUCAUUUUUUGCCUUGACUCUCGACAACGGCUUGCACUGUGUCACUACGGCAUGGUUGGAGCUUGGCAAGACCGCUCCAAUUGGACAAGAAUUCGAACUUGUUGUGCUGAACGACCUGGAGUUCCAGCUCACCCUGCAAACCAAGCUCGAAGAGCCAAAAGCCCAGCCUGUCGUUGAGUCUCCCACAAAGAGUUCCAGCCCUUCAAAACCUUCGACAUUCAGUCGUGUUUUUGCCUCUCCGCGCAAGCGCAAAGAGCUGGAGAUGAAACGUCAAGAAGAGGCCCAGCAGGCCGAGCGACAAAAGCAACAAGCCAGCAAACGAGUUGUUCAGCCUACCGCUUGGGAUCUUCUACAUGGUCUUGUGGCCAAAGAUGGUAGCUUCGCACGUUCGUAUGUUUGUCUCAAAGACCACGAAACCAGUGCAUAUGGCAAACCUUAUACUGUGGAUGUACCAUGCUUCAACGAGUGGGCAACUGAAGAUGCACAUACCAUGAGCAGCGUCAAGAGCAAGCGCAGCGCCAUGAACGGUGGUGUCCAGCGUAAGGCGCCUUACCGAGUUGGCAAACUUGAGCUGCAGCUUCUGUUUGUACCUAAACCCAAGGAUGCAAAGGAUGAGGAUAUGCCGAAGAGCAUGAACGCUUGCAUUCGUGAGCUGAGGGAAGCUGAAAGUGCGACCCCUAAGAAAUGGGAAGGUAAUCUCAGCCAACAAGGUGGCGAUUGUCCAUACUGGCGGCGACGUUUCUUCACCCUUGAUGGGUCCAAAUUCACCGCUUACCAUGAAGCUACGCGCCAACCCAGAGCCACCAUCAAUCUCGCCAAAGCCAGCAAGUUGAUUGAUGAUAAGUCGGCUCUUAUGCGCAACGAUGUCCCCGCCAAGGGCAAAGGUCGGAGAAAAUCUGCAUUUGCUGAAGAAGAAGAGGGGUACAUGUUUGUUGAGGAAGGCUUUCGCGUCCGCUUUGCCAAUGGAGAGACCAUCGAUUUCUAUGCUGAUAGCGCCGCUGAGAAGGAUGGCUGGAUGAAGGUUCUCUCGGAAGUUGUAGGCAAAGACACCACUAAGCCUAAAUCCUGGACCGAUCUUGUUCUGGCAAAGCAACGCGCAGCUGCUUCACGGAUCGAGCAGGCCAAGCAAGGACAGACCAAAACGUCUUCUGGUUCUGCCAAGCAGGCACCACCCCUGAGGUCUGCACCAGCCACGCCAGCAAAGCAUUUCUCACAUCCCAUUGUCGCAACGCCGGCGCCGGACAAGAGCCCUAGACGUUCUGAUAUUGGGUCGAGGACAGCAGAAAGAGCGAAGACGAGGUCGAUGAUGUUUUGA